CGGCUAUAGCCGCCGAACGAAGUACUUAGUGGGAAAGGCAUCACUGUAAAUGCGACAAAACCGGACUUGUGCUUUGGGUUUCGUUCCUGCUUCAACACCACCAUCACCUCCCCCUAAGCCGCUCACCAUGACCAACGGUGUUCUCAUCGACCCUCUCGACGGUGACCCACGACCUCCAAAGCGUCCACGACAAGUCAGAGACAUCGAUGUCGGCAUGAGACCGUACACCAUUCCAGUUCCCGGUCCCUCCGGAGUGCACUCCGAAACUGACGGGAAUGCUGAAGGGGCACCUAAGAAAGGAAGAAAACGGCCGUUGUCUUGUGGUGAAUGCAGACGGUUGAAGCUCAAGUGCGAUAGGGUAUUCCCAUGCCAGUCCUGCUGCAAACGGGGAUGUGCGGAAAUCUGCCCAGAUGGUGCUCUGACAGGGGGCAAAGGCAGCAGGUUUAUUCUCGCGAAUACGGAGCAAUUGCAUGAGAAAAUCAAAUGCAUGAGUGAACGCAUUCGGCAAUUGGAAGAAGCCUUACAGGCCCUUCAAUCGCAGCUUUCCCCCAACAAGCAUCCGCUAUUACAACAGGAACUCCUGUCUAUAAAGAAGUCACCGGAGCUCUUUGGUGUAGACCACCCCACAACUUCAUAUGGUGCUUCGGGUAUAGAUCGACUUCGCCGUGACGACGACUUCCCCCACAGUGAACGCCACGAAUCAGGGCCAUCUUCACGAGAUGGUUUUGACGAUUCAUAUGCCGCACCUCAAGGCGGCUCGUCAGAUUUCCCCCAAUGUAAUCAGUUGGAGGAUUUUGCACGGCUCAGUCGAGGAUUUCCAACACCGUGGUCGGUAUCCUAUCAAUUGAACCCUGAUGUGCGCCAACGUAUCCGUGAGAUGCUGCCUCCAGUUCAGGAAGCAACGUAUCUCUGCGAACAGGCGCGAGUCAAUGCCUUCUGGCAAUUUAACCCAGACAACAGCCAAACCUUCCUUCCCAACCUCAUCCACAGUGUUUACAAUGCCCAGAUAUCCUCCUUACUACCUCAUCGUCUAGGCCUCUUCCUGAUGAUCCUCGCGAUAGGGUGCAGGGUGGACCCCAAACAGAUUUCUGACUCGCAAGAAGCGGAAAAGUACUAUUGUUUGUCCAGAGUUGCCCUCUGUGAGGUGCCGGUGAUGGAUGAGACAAGUUUUGAUGCUGUCAAUGCUUUGUUCUACAUGGUGUGGUACCUCCUGAUGUUCUCGGAACAAAAGAGGGCGGUGGAGUUUGCUUGGGGGCUCACAGGUCUCAUGCUGAAACUCGCGACGUCUCUUGGACUACAUCGUGACGGCAACAGAUCCAAAGUGAUACCGGAAGAACUAGACAAAAGACGCAUAUUAUUUUGGGAUAUUGUGAAUAUCGAGGCACGGUUGUCUCUCAUGCUACGUCGACCACCAGCUUUAAGUGUCCGUUACUUCGACGCCAGGUCACCUACCUUUUCCUCUGACGACGGUCCUGGAGCGUUUACGAGUGCCUCUUAUCACGAGUGGCAACACAAUUUCCUUGUACAUUGUAUGCUGCCGGUUGCAGAUGCUGUUGCGGUGAUUCAGGCACCGGAGUAUACUGAAAUACUGGGGCUAGAUGGCCGGAUACGAGAUUUCGAUGUCCCAAAUGCGUUACGGAUGAUGGAUCAAGACGAUAUGGUCCCUCCUCAUCCAAGAGCGCUGCAACAAGCUUUGAUUGCAUGCAAUCGAGAAAUUGCUUUAUUGCAACUUCAUCGAAGCUAUUUCACUUAUGCUCUCAAUGCAUCGGACGGGUUCACAUUCAAACACAAAUACGCGCCGUCCGUCCUGGCGACCUUUACAAGCUCAUGUAACCUCAUAUGGACCAUCUACACGCUGUAUAGGUGGGAGCCAGAUGCUUCUGUUCGGUUCUCCACCUUCUGGGGCAAUUGCUUCUCCGCGGCGGUGGCGCUCUGUUUCUUCAUCUCCAAGGUUCCAUCAUGUCCGCUCGUGACGCACGGUCUACAGGAGUUAGACAGAGUGCUGCGCCUGUUCACUGAGGCCCGAGACCGAUGCCCGAGUGCUGCUAAGUUCCUUCCUGCAGUUGAGAUUCUCAAUACAAAGUGCCAUGCUUCAUAUGUGAGGUGGCGUAGUGGCCUCGCGCUUGAGGAAGACCCUAACGACGAGAUAUGCGUGUUGGCGAGGAAGACGGGUAUACUGCAAUGCAAUACCAGUAGCCUUCAUCCUAUCAUGGACGGCGCGGGAUCAAAUCCAUUCGAGCACGCACAUCCUUCGUUGGCGCGUUGUCUCGAACAUGCUACGGUUGAGCCUCCUUGCAGCGACGACGCCCUGGAACGGGUCCGCACUUCAGUGCAGAGCUGCGACGUUUCUUGGGGAUCGACUGCACCUUCAUUACGCAAUGUCACCGGUUUCGGACAAGACAUCCAUGAAAGCACCUGGAUGAGUUGGUUCUGAUCAUUUCACUUUGUAGUUCUUUGGGUUCUCGCUUGGCACUUACCUUACGUGUACUAUUGCUCUCAUCCUUGUUUCCUGUGUCUCCUUCUAUCAUCCUUGACACCACACUCUCUUGCUCUCUUUCUUGGGACAUCCUCUCGUAGUGUAGUUUCUGUACCAGUUUUCUGCGUCUAUUUAUCUGUAAGUGCGCCCAGCUGUUUCUGCAAUUGGGUUUAUGGAUACUUCACAUGUUACAUACUAUUCUACAGUACACUCUUCUCUUCUUGGGGAAUCAAUACAGCCAAUAUGGUAUCUUGUACAU